UUUUGAGUGUUAAUUUUUUACAGAUUUAAAAAAUGACAUAGAAGAUCUUUUUUGUAAGAUGAAUUUAAGUCAUGAUUCCCAGGAAAGUGAUAUAAAUAAUAGUGAAACUAAAUCAUUAUUAAAAGAAGAAAAUAAUGUUUAUGAUGAAGCAGAUUUAUAUGAAAAUGCUGUAGCCUCAUGUGGAUUUGGAUAUUUUCAAAUAAAACUUCUUUUUAUUUGUGGAUGGGCCAUUGCGUCUGAUUCAGCAGAAAUUCAGACUGUUUCAUUUGUGCUUCCAUCUGCAUGUGAUUUGUAUUUAACAUCAAACAAUAAAGGAUGGCUCAAUGCUAUAAUUUUUAUUGGCAUGAUAUUAGGAGGUUAUGGAUUUGGAGGAGCUGCUGAUAUCAAGGGUAGAAGAUUUAUUUUACUGAUGUCAAUGUCUCUUAAUGGACUAUUUGGAGUUUGUUCCGCUUUUUCACCAUCAUUUGGUUACUUCCUUGUUUUUCGGUUACUUAGUGGCAUUGGGGUUGGAGCUGCAAUGCCUGUAUUGUUUUCUUACUUUGUGGAAUUUAUGUCUAUGAAUCGGCGUGGUCCAAUGAUUGGAUUUAUGGCUAGUUUUUGGAUGUUUGGCAAUAUUCUGGCAUCUGCUGCAGCUUGGAUAAUUAUUCCAAGAGUUCAUAUAGGUUUUUAUAUAUUUGGUUUAUGGUUUGGUAGUUGGAGAAUAUUUGUAGUAAUAUGUGCUAUACCUAGUUUGUCUUCAGCAUUUUUUCUUUACUUUAUGCCUGAAAGUCCCAAGUAUCUCCAAAAUAUUGGGCAAUAUAAAAGAGCUGAAAAGGUUUUCAAGCUUAUGUUUAAUUGCAACUUUGGACAAGUUGAAUCAAUUCCACCUGAGAUUUCAGAAUUUGGUGAUAGACAGCCAAGAGUUGAUACACCAUUUGAUAUCCAUCAUGGUGAUGUGUGUAAAUUUAGUCAAUGUUUGUGCAGUUUUAGUUUGACUCUUAAAAAGGUUUGCUGUUCAACAAAAAAGCUGUUUCAAAAACCACACUUAAGGACGACACUGAUUCUUUUAUUUGUAUGGUUUACACUUUCAUUUGGAUAUUAUGGUUUGUGGAUGUGGUUUCCAGAAAUAUUUCAAAGAAUCCAACAAGGUGGAUCAAGCUGUGGUGGAGAGACUUCUUUUAAUGAAACAAAAAGCAUUUGGACAUGCUCACAACAAGUUGAAUUUGGAACUGCAGUUUAUAUGGAGUCAUUUUUAAUUGCUUUAUCAAACCUGCCCGGAAAUAUAAUCACUGUUUUAGUUAUUAACAAACUAGGAAGGCGACAGUUAUUAGCUAUAUCAAUGGUAAUUUCUGGCAUUUGUGUAUUUUUCUUUUGGUUUGUUACAACUCCAACUGAAACCUUAAUCAUGGCUUGCCUUUUUUCUGGUGUGUCGGUUGCCGGCUGGAAUGCCUUAGAUGCUUUAGCACUUGAACAAUAUCCAACAAAUUUAAGAUCAACUUCAUUUGGUUUACAAAGUGGAGUUGGCAGAGUAGCUGCUGUUCUUGGAAAUGUAGUUUUUGGCGAAAUGGUUGAUCUUCAUUGCUCCAUUCCUUUGUUAACGGUGGCCGUAAUGCUUUUCAUCGGCGGUUUAUCUGCCAUAAAACUACAAAAAACAGAGAAAACAGCACUAAAAUAAUGUUGAUUUUUUUAUGAUUUUAAAAAAUUGUUUAUACAAUAUUUAUUAGCUUUUAUUUUAAUAUAUUCAAAAAUUAUCAUGUCUUUUAACAGAAAUUGUACGAUCAUUUAUUUAGAUCUCCUAUAGUUUUUAUGUAGAUCUUCUAAAAUUUGAAUUCUUCUAUGUGACAUAUUUUUAUACUUUUUUCUUGGUAUUUAUUAUAUAAUAUAAAUGAAUACGAAAUUAUUUUUAUAAUUUUUGUGUGUUUUUCAUAAUUUAAUUAAAUGUCAAUAAAUAUAUGUAACAAUUUA